UAACCAAUAUUAAUUGACAUAAUUCUCUCACCAUCCUCCAUUAAAUUCAACAUUCUCCUCAUUUCAAAUCAUACCACUUCACUUCUUCUCUAUAGACUCCUCUCUACAAUUCUAAUGGACCUCAUUAUUCACAGGCUGCUACUAAUUUCCAUUGCUGUAAUUUUUCUUCUUGUUCUUCAGAAUUCAGUCCAUGUACAAGGACGAUACCACUACCACAAACCAAAACCAAAAUCCUCCAAAGAUACAUCUCCAUCUCCUGUACAACAGCCUUCUGUUCCUGCAAUGCCUAAUCCUACGGUUCCGUCUGACCCGUAUCCGAAUGAUCCUGGUAGUAAUAGCUCCACUUCUGACUGCAUUUUUGAUGUCACCUCUUAUGGAGCGGUUGGCGACGGCUCUACUGAUGACACUGACGCUUUCGUGGCAGCUUGGAAAGCUGCCUGCGCGGUGGAAUCAGCCGUCGUUUUGGCUCCUUCUGGUUAUUCUUUUAUGAUCACUUCUACCAUUUUCUCUGGACCUUGCCAGCCGGGACUCGUGUUUCAGAUUGAUGGAUGCCUAAUGCCGCCUGACGGGCCUGAUUCAUGGCCGGAGAAGCAGAGUAAAAAGCAAUGGCUCGUGUUUUAUAGACUUAACGAUAUGACUCUUACCGGCAAUGGAACUAUCGAAGGCAAUGGCGAGAAAUGGUGGGAUCUUCCCUGUAAACCUCACCGGGGUACUAAUGAAGGGUUAUCAUCAAAACAGCCAUGCGAUAGCCCUACAAUGAUUCGGUUCUUCAUGAGCUCAAAUUUAGUAGUGAGUGGAUUAAGUAUCGAAAACAGCCCUCAAUUUCACAUGAAAUUUGAUGGGUGUGAAGGAGUUUUAAUAGAGCAGCUGUCAAUUUCUUCUCCUAAAUUGAGCCCAAACACGGACGGCAUCCACUUAGAAAAUACAAAAAGCGUAGGAAUUUAUAAUUCCAUGAUUAGCAAUGGUGAUGAUUGCAUUUCAAUAGGAACAGGAUGUUCUAAUGUUGAUAUAGAGGGUGUUACCUGCGGGCCUAGUCACGGGAUUAGCAUUGGAAGCCUAGGAGUGCACAACUCAGAGGCAUGCGUAUCAAACAUAACAGUAAGCAACGCAAUGAUAAGAGACUCCGACAACGGAGUAAGAAUCAAGACGUGGCAAGGCGGAACGGGCUGCGUUUCGGGCAUCCAUUUCGAGAACAUCCAAAUGGAGAACGUAAGAAACUGCAUGAUCAUAGACCAAUACUACUGCAUGUCAAAAGAUUGUCUAAACCAGACAUCAGCAGUUCACGUAACAGACGUAUCAUACAAGAACAUCAAAGGCAGUUACGACGUAAGAACGCCCCCGAUUCACUUCGCCUGCAGUGACGCAGUGCCGUGCACUAAUAUCACCCUCUCAGAAGUUGAGCUUCUUCCUUACGAAGGAGAAUUAAUGGACGAUCCGUUCUGUUGGAAUGCGUACGGAACGGAAGAGACUGUGACUAUUCCUCCAUUGAAUUGUCUGAUUGAAGGAGAGCCUGAAAGUGAACAAGAUUUGCCUUCUUAUUCUUGUUAAGACAUUUAUUUAUACUCAUAUACUAUCAACUUAGUAGUAGCUUUUGAUUUAUUUAUAUGGGAUUUUUAGAUUGUUGCUAUACAAUAGUUAGAUUACUGUAUAGAGCCCAAUAUUGUCAAGAACCAUGCUCAUAUUAUAUGGGAUCUUCGUUACUAUUUUGGCUCCA